UGGCUGCUCUCGUCUGCGUUACCUUCUCGCUCUCGUCUCCGUGACCGUGUAUAUAGUGUGGGAGAGACGAACCCAAGAGCAUCAGAUAACAGCUGGUGCUUUCUGUUCAAUCCGUUCAUGGCGACCCAAGGUCAGGUCAUCACCUGUAAAGCUGCGGUUGCAUGGGAACCAAACAAACCGUUAGUGAUCGAGGACGUACAGGUGGCUCCGCCUCAGGCCGGCGAAGUCCGAUUGAAGAUACUCUUCACUGCUCUCUGCCAUACCGACGCUUAUACUUGGAGUGGCAAGGACCCUGAGGGUCUCUUUCCUUGCAUUCUUGGUCAUGAGGCUGCAGGGAUUGUUGAAAGUGUUGGUGAAGGUGUGACUGAAGUUCAACCCGGGGACCAUGUUAUACCUUGUUACACUGCAGAAUGCCGAGAAUGCAAAUUUUGCAAAUCAGGGAAGACAAAUCUCUGUAGCAAAGUGCGGGAAGCUACUGGAGUUGGAGUUAUGUUGGGUGACCGUAAGAGUCGUUUUUCAAUAAAUGGGACCCCUAUUUACCAUUUCAUGGGAACCUCGACAUUUAGCCAGUACACAGUUGUACAUGAUGUGAGUGUUGCAAAAAUUGAUCCAAAAGCUCCUCUAGAAAAAGUAUGCCUACUUGGUUGUGGUGUUACCACAGGUCUUGGGGCAGUUUGGAACACAGCAAAGGUAGAACCAGGUUCCAUUGUUGCUGUUUUUGGCCUGGGGACUGUUGGCCUUGCAGUCGCAGAGGGUGCAAAAGCUGCUGGUGCUUCACGAAUAAUAGGCAUUGAUAUUGACAACAAUAAAUUUGAUAGAGCAAAGAAUUUUGGAGUUACGGAAUUUGUAAACCCCAAGGAUCAUCAGAAACCAAUACAGCAGGUCAUUAUGGAUCUCACUGAUGGUGGUGUUGACUACAGUUUUGAGUGCAUAGGCAAUGUCUCUGUUAUGAGGUCUGCACUGGAAUGCUGUCAUAAGGGUUGGGGAACUUCAGUUAUAGUGGGCGUUGCAGCAGCAGGUCAAGAGAUAUCCACUCGUCCUUUUCAGCUGGUCACUGGACGUGUUUGGAAGGGAACAGCCUUUGGUGGCUUCAAGAGUCGUACUCAAGUGCCUUGGCUUGUUGACAAGUACAUGAAGAAGGAAAUCAAGGUUGAUGAGUACAUCACACACACAAUGACUCUUGGGGAGAUCAACGAGGCUUUUGAUCUGUUACACGAAGGGAGUUGCCUUCGCUGUGUGCUUGAGAUGCAUACAUGAAGUGGUCCAUUUUACUCGCCUGCAUGUUAUAUACAAUAGAUUCACAUGAACUUAUGAUCUUCUAGGUUCAAGCCUCAUUUCCUAGCUGGAUUCUUCCUCUUAGUUGCAUCCUCACAUCCUAGAGAAAUCAAUCUAGUGACUUGAAAAAAAGGUAGUAAAUGGUUUAUAUGGACAUGUCAUGCUCAGGGAGUUAUUUUUAUUUCACUCCAUCUCUGCUGGACUCAUUUUAUCAGCAAACUAUCAGGGAGUUAUUUUUAUUUAAUUUAUUAAUUGAAAGAUUAGAUGCAUGCCUUGUUUUUUUA